AUGGCGCCGGCUGACCGGCCCAGCCGCGACCUCCGCACGAGCGAGCCGCCGCUGAGGCCGCGCCGUCUCCCGGCAACGCCGGGCGAGCGCGCGCCCGCGGGAAUCCUCGCAGGAAUCCUCGCAGGAAUCCUCGCGAGACCGCGCGCCGCCGCCGCCACGGCGGGAGCGCCCGCAGCUUGGCGCGCGGCUCGGGGCCCAGGCGUUUCCGGCGGGGUGCGGGCGGCUGCCUCCCGCGCGUCCGCCCGGAGUGCGGGGCGCGAGAACCAGGUCGGCCCCUGGGGCCCGUUGGCCAGAGCCUCCAGCGUGCCUGGCUCCCAGGUCUGCAGUCCGCAGCGGUUCCCUCCAAAAACCAAAUGCGUGGGCGAGUGCUGUGUCAGCCCGCAUCUCGACACCCGCAUCUCGGCUGCGCGCCCCGCCCCGCGGGCUCCUCCCCGCCGCCGCGGCCCCGGGGCUAUUGCCCCGAUGCUCUGCGCCCGGAGCCCGGGCCGAGUCGCCGCAGCAGCUGUUGGGGCGCCCGGGCGGGUGACGCCGCCGCCGCCGCCGCCACCGCCGCCGCCGCCCGUCCCGGACCCUGCAGGCCACAUGGAGCCUCCGGAGGGCGCUGGUCCCGGAGAGACUGUUAAAGAGGUCGAGGUGCCCCGGGCCACCCUGGAUGUCCCAGGCCAUGAGAUGGGAGACAGCUGCCACACACCUGUGACCGAAGAGGAGGGCGGCAUCCCAAUACCAGCACCAGGGCUCCUGCAGGUCACAGAGAGGAGGCAGCCCCUGAGCAGCGUGUCUUCUCUGGAGGUCCACUUUGACCUCCUGGACCUCACCGAACUGACCGACAUGUCCGACCAGGAGCUGGCUGAGGUUUUUGCUGACUCGGAUGACGAGAACCUGACCAAUGACUCCCCAGCAGGUCUGCACCCACUACCCCGUGCCAGCUGCCUGCGCUCCCCCUCUUGGACGAGGGCAAGGGCAGAGCAAAACCGCGAGAAGCAGCCCCUUGGCGACCCGGAGCGGCAGGCGGCAAUCGUGGACACGUUUCUCACCAUAGAGAGGCCGAAGGAGGACUAAGCUGUCCCCAGGUGUCCCAGAGCUGCUACAAGGGUGGGACCAGACCACCACUGCAACGGCAAACCCCAACAGUUGUGGACACACUGCUCUCCCCAUGAGGCUCCAGCCAUCACCUCCUGACAGCAGGUCAGGGCCAAGGGUGCCACCACAGGAGGCCCACCGGGUCUGCAGGGCACAGCCUUGGCCCAUUCCCUUGGGGACACAGUGGGCCCCAGCACAAGCACAGCCCGAGGGCCUUGCAUCACGCUUGUUCCUGAGCCCUGGAGCAGGGACAGAAAUGCCAUGGAGUCACUGCCAAGGAAUCGAACAAGUGGAUGAUGGUGGCCUGGGCCUUCCAGAAACUUCCAUGUGUAGGAUCAUUGCUCCCGUUAGAAGAUUCAUGUGUAGGCUCAAGAUGAGGGGGACCUGAGCCUUUGGGAGCUGCUCCAAGAAAUCCUUGGCGGGUCUCCACUCAGAGCUUCCCCGAGUUGGCAGUGGCUACCGGAACGCUUUGCUGUCUGGCAUGUGUAUAAGGGGUCAGUCCCCAAAUUUCCACCUCGAUUUCAACUCUGCCUCCUUCCUCUGCCCAUGGGAGAUACUGUUGGCACCAGGGUCUCCUCCCCAGGCCCCUUCUAAGACCUGCACUCACUUCUCUUGGUUGGCCCAUUGCUUCAGCUCAGAACACCGAAAGUUGCCAGACAGCCUCAGAACCUCAGAAACGCCUCCCUCUCCUGCAUCCCACACAAGGGUGCAUACUUGGGUCUGUUCUCCACAUCCCCACUGCCCAGGUCGUGCCCACCCAAGGCCAUCAGACACACUUGGCAGGCCUCAUCUGGGAGGGUCUCUACCCUAGGAGCAGCCCAGGAAGGAACAGGGGAGGCAGGGCUGAGAUGGGAACUUCAGGGGCACCCAGGUCAGUGGAUCCUGAAGGACACAGAGCAGGCUUCUGGCCAGACAGCAAAGUCAGAGUGGCUUCAAACUAAAAGUUCAAGCUUGCUUCCCAAGCCAACCUGCCCUGCCCUGUUCCCCCACUGAAAUACUCUGACUAGGAAAACAGGGUCCUCCCCUUCAUCUUCACUGGACUUCUGGGGAGAGAUGCCCUAGGCAUGCAUGGGGCUCCUGCUGCGUGCGGAGGACUUUGGGACUCUCCCCAGAAGGCACAAUCAAGUCUCCCAAGAUGAAAACUGCCCCUGGUUUCCACCCCACACGGCGGAACAUCCCUGCCUACCCCCACCUAGCAGGCUCCCUCUCCUGUGCCAUCCCUCCUGCUCUUGCUCCCAAACAGCUCAUUUACAGGUGGGAUUAAAGCAUCAACCCCCUCA